AUGCGUGCGAGUCGUUCGUCGCCGAGUCGCCCCACUACGCUUCGCCAGUACCACCCCGCUCACUCCCCCGUAUCCGCGUCGCGCCACCGCCAGCCAGACAGUCAUUUGCGUCGCGAGUCGCGCGAGGAAAUAAAUGUGUUUUGUUUUGUCGCUGCUUCAUCAAAAUGUAUUACUCGUAGCGUAGUUUACUUUAUAUUAGUAUAUCCAAGCUAUAAAAAGUUUCAUAACAUGUCACUUACCAAACCAAUUCAAAAUGAGGAGAAUUAUGAUGGAGAGAGUGAGAAAACUAUAUGGCAUUACUUUGAAAAAAUGCAAGAAGACAAUUCUGUAAACGCAAAGUGCACAUUGUGCUCUAACAUAUUAAAAAUAAGUAAAGGUUCUUACAAAGGUUUAAAAACACAUUUGAGAACAAAGCAUUGCAUUUGCAUUGAUCAAAGUUCUGAAAGUAUCCAAAUAAAACGUCCGUAUUCUGUUUCAUUCUCUAAACCAUCUACAUCAAAAACCGAUUCAGCUAAUAUUAAUUAUGAG